AGCAUUGUACUGUGCAAUUUAGUUCAUAUUAUAACGUUGAUCUAUAAACAACAGUCUUUUGAUUCGACAUAAAAUAAUUGAACCUGAGAAACCGAUAUUCCUUAAACAUUUGGGGGCUCAACCGGGAUGUCGGUUGCUCAACCGUUUGUUUAUUUAAUUCGCGUUGUAGUUGUGAGAGAAAUCGGCUGUUUUUUUAUCAAAUUAUCGGUCGAUGAAAGUUUAUGUUCCGACAAGUGCGAACAAUCGCGUUCUAAGACAAUAGACAUUUUUGUGAAUCAUUCAAAUUUGUAUGUUUGUGAAAAGAAUCAAAUGGUUCUAGUUGUUUCAUCGAAAAGAUACGAUUUAAAGAGUCAAGUGUUCAGCGAGUUGGAAGUUUUACGAUUUGUGCCCAUUCUCUCAAUGUUCAUUUGUGAGAAAAACGUGGAUGGAAACAAAAGGUCGCUGGUUAACAAAAGAUCCACGUUGUCUCAAAAAGACGCUUCGAGAAUAAUCAUCGAAUUGCAGUUUCAUGUAGUGGCUCAUGGAUUGGCUUCGUGCUCUACUGUCUUUCAGUGUUCAAUAAUGACAGAGAAGCUGAUUUUCGACUACAAAUUGCAUUCCAGUAUCAUUAUGCAAUUAGUGUAUGCCAGUACAGCUUGGUUGACGUCACCAUUUCUUUGUUUCAAUUGUGGUGAUAUGCAACGCACAUAUGAUCGGAGUUUCAAAGUUAUUGUGUGCAAUAAUCGUCUACCAAAGACAAUCAAUGGAGUAGAGCAGUGGUCAUUUUAUGGUUUCAAUUUUGGUCAACUGCGAUCCGUACAGCGAAAACCGGAAUUUACAAUUUUGACUUUAUGUGUUUCAAUAGUCAAACAUCAUCGAGUAUUCCACAUUUCAAUCGUUUGUUCGAUUAAAGUUUCAUUUCGAGCAUUGGUUUCGGCGUCUCAUAACGGAUCAAGCAAUCAUUCCAGUUCGUCUUUAAGCGUGUCAAAGGCCGAACGAGUCGGAAGUUGCAAGGCUGACAGAUCAGCUGGAUUUAUUCAUCUUGCAGUAAUUGUUCCAACUGCCGUUUCUUCGUAUUAUUGUGGUCAAUUGCAGACAGUCAAUGGAGUAUCAAUGUGUGAACAAUUAGCGGAAUGUUUCUCGACUUGUUUAUGGAACAUGAGUAGUCUUCAACAUCGUUCGCUGGAGAAUGAAGCGCUCCAUGGUAUCCGAAAACGAUUAUCCAAGAGAUUCAUCAGUCGUCGGGCAAAACCUGCCAUUAUGUACAACAAAAAUGCUGCGAAUUUUGUGGACUGGAUAACAGAGCUUUCUAAGGCACAGCAGAGCGCACUGAGAGAACAAAUGGACGAAAUAGUCGCUUUAUUUACCAACGACGGCGUCGAUUGGGAAUUCAAUCCUACAACAGCAAGUAAUUUCGGAGGAAUUUGGGAAGCAGCAGUGCAAUCAAUGAAGUUUCACCUCAAACAAAUUGUUGGGUCGUCACAUCUCACGUUUAAGGAGCUGACAAUUCUUUUUUGUCAAAUCGAGUGCGCAUUUAUUUCGAGACCAAUGUGCAGCCUGACCGAUGAGGAUUUGAAUUUGAGUUUAUUUUUGAGUAAAUUUUUCCGUUUCAUUCAUUUUAUCUUCCGAGCCAAUUUCAUUUCAUUUUGAAUUUUUUGUGUUAGUUUUAUUUGAAGACGAUUUAUAAUGUCUUGGCCGGGAGUAUGUUCAGACCAAUCUGAACUUUUGUUUAUCUUAAUAGUUGGCACAGUCAAUUAAGUUUCUAAAUUAUGUAAUGUCAAGCAUUGUACUGUGCAAUUUAGUUCAUAUUAUAACGUUGAUCUAUAAACAACAGUCUUUUGAUUCGACAUAAAAUAAUUGAACCUGAGAAACCGAUAUUCC